CUUGUUUGGGUAACAUGUGGACUGCACAAUUUAACCCCACCUUUUUCCCUUUUGAAAACAUUAUAAAGUUUGCUUUUUUCUUUUUAUUCUCUCCCUCCUUCUUCUUUGGUCACCCUUUUUUUUAUUUAAUUUAUUCAUAUCAUGGUUGCAAACAAAGUAUACGUUAUCGGUGUUGGCAUGUCCAAAUUCAUCAAGCCUCGUGGUGAGGUUGAUUAUCCAGAAUUCGCUCUUGAAGCUGCAGUAAAAGCAUUAAACGAUGCCGGUGUGACUUAUGACGCUGUGGAAUAUGCUGCCGUCGGAUACGUGUAUGGCGACAGUACUGCCGGUCAACGUGUCUUGUAUCAACUCGGCAUGACACAAAUUCCUAUUAUUAAUGUCAAUAACAAUUGCUCCACCGGAUCAACUGCUCUUUAUCAAGCACGUAACGCUGUUGCCUCUGGACAGGUUGAAUGUGCUAUGGCUUUAGGUUUCGAAAGAAUGGCUAGAGGUUCUCUUACAUCGACCUUUGCAGACCGAACGAAUCCUCUCGAUCAUGUCAACAUUGUGAUGGCUUCCGAAGUUGGAUUUGACCCUAAAUCACCACCUGCAGCACAAAUUUUUGGUAACGCUGGUAUCGCUUACAUGGAAAAAUACGGAGCCACUUCUCGUCAUUUAGCACAAAUUGCUGAAAAGAACCAUCGUCAUAGCGCUUUAAAUCCUUAUUCUCAAUUCAGAGAUAUUUAUACGUUGGAACAAGUAGAACAAUCACCUAAAGUGUUUGGUCCCCUUACUAAACUUCAAUGCUGUCCUACCUCUGAUGGUGCAGGAUGCUCCAUUCUUGCUAGUGAAGCAUUUAUUUCAAAGCAUAACUUAUGGGAUGUUGCUGUCGAGAUUGUCUCUCAAGUCAUGGCAACUGAUUCUCCCCGUAUGUUGAGUACAGAUGCCAUUGAAUGGGCUGGUUGUGAUAUGACACGUCGUGCCGCUAUCGAAGCCUAUAAAAAAGCAGGGAUUACACCCAAUGAUGUUCAAGUGAUUGAACUCCAUGAUUGUUUCUCUGCCAAUGAGUUAUUGACCUAUGAUGGACUUGGUUUAACCAAACAAGGAGAGGCACAUACAUUGAUUGAUUCGGGAAAUAAUACUUAUGGCGGUAAAUAUGUGAUCAAUCCUUCAGGCGGAUUGAUCUCCAAAGGACAUCCCCUGGGUGCUACCGGACUUGCACAAUGCACAGAACUUGUUUGGCAAUUGCGUAACUGGACUGGAGAUCGUCAAGUGGCUAAUGCCACCUAUGCACUUCAACACAACGUUGGUUUAGGUGGAGCUGUUGUGAUUACUAUUUAUAAGAAGGCCAAUGGAAAUGCCACCCAGCCUCGUGUGGGAUAUAAUCCUGCGAUUGAAGCUCGAGGUAUCACACAAGAAGAAUAUGAAAAAGCUGCUUCAAAUAUUAAGCACAGGGCUUCCUUUUUGGAGGCUAAAUUAUAAGGCCCGGUUCUUUGCUCCCAGACGAACAAUAAACAAAUCACGUUACAUUUUACAAAAGAUAAAAAAUCUAUUUAUAUACAUCUAUCUAAGCUGGUGAUUAUUUCUCCUAUAAAAUGUGAUUGAAGGACGAUUUAAUGAAAAAGAUUAUUUCCAAAAUGGUGUUAGUUUACAAUUAAAAUAUAAAUAUAUUCCCUUUUUUAUAAAUAUUGCUUUUUCUCUCUC